UUCCGCUCCCCUCACGGCGCGGCGGGGAGUUGCCUUCGUGAGGGGGGCUUCGCGUCUGAGGCUAUAAAAAUGUUCAGGAACAGGUCAAUGGAGAAAGAUGGAAGUUUGGAGCCUCGUCUGAAGAAAACUCUUACUGAAAUGUGUGGGGUGUGCUGAUUAGUGAUGAAGGAGAGAAGGAGGUGGAAGAAAAAUGAAAUUUCCAUGCCUUUCCUUCAGACAGCCAUUUGCCGGGUUGGUUUUAAAUAAAGUCAAAACCAUAGAGACUCGUUGGCGACCAUUGUUGGCUGAAUACAAGGCUUGCACUCUUGCUGUUCACAUUGCUUUUAAAGACUGGGAUGACGAAACCUGGAAAGACAUUCUCACAAACAGACUUGGCAUGACACCAACUCAGAUUGAAGAGUUAUUAGAAGAUGGUGAAAAGUUUGGCAGAGGUGUUAUUGCAGGGCUUAUUGACAUUGGAGAGACAUCACAAUGUACAGAAGACUUACCUCCUGAAGACAUUUUGGUGCUGGAAAAUAAGGCGAUACUCUUAGGCCUGGAACAGAAAUAUUUGACUGUUGUUUCAAACCCCAGAUGGCUGCUGGAACCAAUUCCUGCACGAGGGCACAAAGAUGUCUGGCAGGUAGACAUUCCAGAGGAAUUGAUUCCUUAUGUAGAACCCUGCUGAAGGUUCAUUCUGAAGAUUUAUUGAUCAUGCUUGUUCUAAGUGAAACAGAGACCUUUUCUGAACUACGUUGCUGUUUCUGGACAUUUACAGUAGUUUCUGGGGAGUACUAAUCAACUCUUAGGGCCCCCAAUGUGUGUACACUAAGGGAUUUCUUUUACCUGGAUAACUAUGAAUUACUACUAUAGGCACCUGCAUUUUAAAAAUCAAAUAAAUGUAUUUUCCCCUAACGUCUUCAUUCUUGGCAAGCUGAUCUUACUAGGCAUUUGGUCCAGUAAUGAAUAAUACAGCCAACAAUAGUAGUUUAUCCCUGUAAGAAGUGAACCAGUCUGAUCCAGACUCUCUGGGCAGAAGCUUUGUACAAAUACUCUGCCGGACUUUCUUUGUUCCUGCAGAAGUCCUCAUACUUUAAAAGCUACAGAAUGGGGAGAUAGUAAGGAGUAAGCUGCUGUAUUGCACAGCAGCCAAUCAAACUUCAUCCCAUUAAACACAGUGGCAGAAAAGGGAAGGGCCAUAAUCAUUCUCAUCAGUACACUAUGUUCUCUCACCAUCAGUGAUAAACACGCUUUCAUUUAAUUACCUUAGGAAGUUUUUCAUCAGGUCUGUCUCUAUGCUUGAACACAUUAUGCCCAUGUCUCUCCUACCCUUAAAACCAUAAAAACAAUGGUGUUUCCACCACCCUCUUGCAAUAUUAGAGUAUCCCAUGGCAACAAUCACAUUCUACCCCAUUCUAGGCCUGUUACUACUGUUUAGAUUUUUCCUUCUAACCCUGAACUUCCCAUACCAUUUCUCUGCUUCCCAAAUCUAUAACAUAAUGCCACAUAAUCUAUUUUACUAUAUUAAGGAGCCCUGUUUUUUAAAAUGGUAUAGCUGUUUCAACAUGCCUAUUAGGAGAAAUAGUGUUUUUGUUUAGAUUAUAUCAACAUGUCUUUGGACCAUUUCACUUUGCAUUUUAAUUUUCACAGAAAUAUAUU